CCCUCCCCUCCCCUCCCUUCCCCUUCCAUCGGGCGCUGCUCUGCCUCUUGUUCGCACCGUCCGCCUUCUUGCUCGGGAUCUCCGUCCGUUUCUUUGCUGGUGCAGCGGGACUCGGCAGCGAGGUGGAGGAGGAGGAGGUGGUGAUGGCGGCGGAGGAGCAGCAGAGCGGAGACACCCGGGGAUGGAGCGAGGCUCAGCUGAGGAACUACACCUUCGCGACCAAGGCCAUCCCCAGGAUGUCCCACAGCGACCCACGGGUCGAUGCCUUGAUAGACAACGAGGAGCCAGUGGUGCUGACUGAUACCAAUUUGGUUUACCCUGCACUGAAAUGGGACUUGGAAUACUUGCAGGAGAAUAUUGGAGAUGGGGUCUUCUCUGUUUAUGUUGCCAAAACACACAAGUUUUUGUACUAUGAUGAAAAGAAAAUGUCGAACUUCAAGAAUUUCAAACCAAAGUCAAGGCGGGAAGAAAUGAAAUUCAGUGAGUUUGUGGAAACACUUGGUAAAAUCGACCAACAUGAUGAAAGGUAUUAUUUACAACAAACAUUGAAUGACACAGUAGGGAAGAAGAUUGUCUUGGAUUUCCUGGGUUUUAACUGGAACUGGGCUAACAAGCAACAGACAAAAUGGAACUGGGGGCAGCUCACAUCCAAUUUACUUCUUGUGGGAAUGGAAGGAAAUGUUACACCAGCACACUAUGAUGAGCAACAGAAUUUUUUUGCACAAAUUAAGGGUUAUAAACGUUGUAUUCUCUUCCCACCUGAUCAGUUUGAUUGCCUAUAUCCAUACCCAGUCCAUCACCCUUGUGACAGACAGAGCCAGGUGGAUUUUGAAAAUCCAGAUUAUGAAAGAUUUCCUAAUUUUAGGAAUAUAGUGGGAUAUGAAACAGUUGUUGGGCCUGGAGAUGUUUUGCACAUUCCCAUGUACUGGUGGCAUCAUAUUGAGUCAUUACUGAAUGGAGGAACCACUAUUACUGUCAACUUCUGGUACAAGGGUGCACCAACUCCAAAGAAAAUUGAAUACCCAUUGAAAUCCCAUCAGAAGGUUGCCAUUAUGAGAAAUAUAGAAAAAAUGCUGGGAGAAGCUCUAGGAGAACCACAGGAGGUCGGGCCAUUAUUAAGAAUGAUGAUUAAAGGCCGAUAUGAUCAACCUUACAGUUAAUCGUCUUUCUGCGGACUGUUCACCGAUGCUUUCCGAAAGUAAAUGGCGCCAGAGAGAGACUGAGCAUACAGUCCCAUGAACAUUGCGUGCCUGCACUUGAAGAAACACAGGAACUUUUCUUAUUCAAAAUCGGCUGCCAUCGAUCAUUGAGGUGAAUUGUUGAAUCCACCAUCCAUGUGCCUGUUGGACAGAAGGUUCUGAAAAUGGAAGUCUGUUAUCAGUUAAUUGGCACCUCUCCCCAGAAAUGUUUAACACUGAAUGUGUGCGUAGACCACUUUCAACCCAUUUAAAAAGGAUUUAUGUUUAUAUUUUUAAACAAUGAACUUUGUGCUCUUGCCGUUGGAGUGGUAACAUUGGCUGAGUGCUGAAGGUUUCCAUGCACAGGACUGACAUAUGGAGGUUUAUCACUUUGACCCUCUAUAUUUGGAUUUUGAAAAGGCUGGUCUGGGAUUGUGAAAGCCUGUGAUUUGUGAAGAAUUCAGUGACAUGGUCAGGCCUGAAAAUGCUCAGUUUCAAAUAAUAACAAAAUGACGAUAGUAAGCAUAACAUCAAAUGAAAUAUUGUUGUCACUUGGUGGAAACAACAAAAAAUGCUUUUAACUUUUAUCACGGGACAAGGUCAAGCAUUUUAUGUAUGGCACUGCAUCCCCUAAAAAGUGCUAAAGUAGGGCAGAGCAUCAGACCAAGCUAAUGUCACAAUCUUGAAUAUUAUCCGUUGUGUCUUUCAAGCCCUAUUGCUAUUCGUUUGAGAGAUAGUACCGUGGAUGCGAUCAUUUAGGGUAAUUCUGGUUGCACUUAUAUAAUUUAACUUUUGGAGCACUCCAGUCUUUCUAUUUGCCUGUGUGUCUGGCUAUCUGUUUCUUAGCCACUGUGUUAGUGUGUAGUUAUUUCUCCCUACCCAUCUCUUGUAUUUUCUUGUGCUUCCUCCCUCUUGUUCCUCCACUUCCUCCACCUCCCCUACAUUGUCUACACCACCCCAGAUGUAGCUUGUAUAAAAUGUCUUCCAUUUCAAACAUCGACAUUCUACAACUUAUUAAACCAAUGAUAAUCAAAAUCAUACAACGCCUUUGGGGUAACUCCUAUAGUUUUAUUAUCCCUAUGGUUUAACCUCACUUGCUUUGAGCAAUAUCAAAAGACUUUGCACUCUUUCCUUUUCACUCUUCCCAUGCCUCUGUGUCUGCUUGAAAUAUAUCAUGGUGACCUUUUUCCUCUUCUGAUGAAACGUUAGCAGCCUGAAAUACUAAUUCCUGCCUUCACUUUCAUUUUACACAACUCUGCCUGCUUCAAAUUGAGAAGCGAUCUGAGUGUAAACUGAUUAAAACCUUAUUCUGUUUUACUUUCCAUUUGGGCUAAUGUGCUGAACUGAAAGGAAAAUACCAUAAGUGCUGUGAAUCUGAAUCGAAAACGGAAGAAAAAAAAUGGAAAUAGGUCAGUGAGCAAAUGAAGAGAGAUUGACCAGGCCUUUCAGACACCCCCGGAAAUUUUUUUUUGGUGUAACCCACGUCACUCCCUGUCCAGAAUCGCCAUUCCAUCUCAUCACUUAAGGUUAUCCACCUCACUUUCUAUCUAAACCCUUCAAGAGGGGAUUUUGCCUCGCUGCUUGUUCGUCCUAUCCAGAGAAAUUAUCCAGUCUGUUGGAGAAAAUCGUCACGGUUCACAAUGAGUUUUCUGAAGCCGUCAUAUCCCUUGCUCUUUGUGAGGAAGAUCAGUGAGUUGCACGAUAGCUAAUCACACUUACAGUCGGCUCUUUUCACCCCACAUCUUUGACAGAACUGAUUAUUACCAAUAUUACAAUGAGAUAACAGUUGGAAGUACAAAGAAAAAGCAUUGGCUUAGUGGUUAGUACAGUUCCUGGAUAAUCCAGACUGAGAAUCCUGGCCCUUUGAUUAACGAUUUCUGUGAGGACAUAUCGUGGGACUUCAGUAAGGGAAAUCACCACUUUAUGGAACGAGUGGGCAGUUUGUGCUGUAAUUCAAAUUGAUCCUUUCAAGAUAUAAAAAGGAGUAACGAAAUAUAUGCUGCUUAAAAUAAUUUAGUUGGCAGCACAUCGCUAACCUGUCUUCUCAUUGUGGUGAUUCAGUGAUUCUGUUUUUAUGGGGAAGAUUCAUAGCAUGAUGUUUACCUCUGAAUUUUUAUUUUCUGUGGUCUUGGGACACGUCCCCAGUUUCCUACAAAGAGGGAAAGGAGACUGUGACUGCCCCAUGGCUGUCAGGGUCUUUGUUACUCAGCUUCAAACCUGCCCAUAUAUUUCAACACUGUUGUCAAAUUCCUUGGAAAGCCAGAUGCUCCCUUGGAGUGUAGUUACCUAGUUAAACAAAACAGUCUCAAUGCCACUACUUCCUCCUACGUGCUGGAUUCAGAGAAUCAGUCACUUGUCGUUGCACAUUGCCUAAUCAAUCAGAAACUAAAUGAGCACCUUUGUAUAGUUUGUGUGACUAUUCUAAAUUCCUGCAAUUUAAAAAAAAA